CAUUUUAGUAACAGAAAUGGGUUAUGGAAUAUUUGCAUUGUUUCUGCUAUAUAUAGCCUUUCUCUGUCAGCUAGUUUUCUCUUCUUCUUUACCUCAUUUGUGCCCCAAUGAUCAAGCCCUUGCUCUUCUUCAAUUCAAGCACAUGUUUACUAUAAAUUCUAAUGCUUCUAAUUUUUGUAUCGACAGUAUAAACGGCCAAAUAAAUUCAUAUCCGAAAACACUAUCAUGGAACAAGAGCACAGAUUGUUGCUCAUGGGAUGGAGUUUAUUGUGAGGAGACGACUGGACAAGUGAUUGAGCUUAACCUCACUUGCAGCCAACUUCAAGGCAAGUUUCAUUCUAACAGUAGCCUCUUCCAACUCUCCAAUCUCAAAAGGCUUGAUUUGUCUUAUAAUGAUUUUUACGGGUCGCUCAUUUCACCUAAAUUUGGUGAGUUUUCUAGUUUGACACAUCUCGAUUUGUCGGGUUUAGAUUUUACAGGUCUAAUCCCUUCCGAAAUCUCUCAUCUUUCAAAAUUAUAUGUUCUUCGUAUCUGGAAUUUUUUCACACAUGAGCUUAGAAUUGAACCUCACAAUUUUGAACUGCUCCUUAAGAACUUGACCCAAUUAAGAGAGCUUAACCUUAACUUUGUGAACAUAUCUUCCACCAUUCCUUUAAAUUUCUCUUCUUUUUUAACAACUCUAUGUCUCUCAGACACGCAGUUAUUUGGUAUAUUGCCCGAAAGAGUUUUCCACCUUUCCAACUUGGAAUAUCUUGAUUUAUCACCCAAUCCCCAGCUCACUGUUUGGUUUCCCACAACCAAAUGGAAUAGCAGUAUAUCUCUCAUGUAUUUAUAUCUUGGUGAAGUGAAUUUUACUGGUGAGAUACCUGAUUCCUUUAGCUAUCUAACUUCGCUGCAAAGAUUGAUCAUGAUAUCUUCCAAUCUCACAGGGCCCUUUCCUAAACCUAUAUGGAAUCUCACCAGCAUAAAAUGGUUAUAUCUUGGGGGAAAUAACUUGAAUGGCCAAAUUGAGUGCUUAUCUUGUAAUCAAAGUUGGACACAACUCACACAUCUAGAUUUUUCAUCCAAUUCCCUAACUGGUCUGAUACCUUCUUAUAUAUUCUCCCUGCCAUCACUAUAUGUGUUGAACUUGAGCAAUAAUAGUUUCACUGGUAAAAUUCAUGGUUUCAAGUCCAAAAUAUUGGGAAGCGUUGAAUUAAAACACAAUCAGCUACAAGGUCCUAUUCCAAAGUCACUCCUAAACCAGCAGAGCCUAGAAUAUCUUCUUCUUUCUCAAAAUAAUCUCAGUGGAAAGAUUGAUUCGACUAUUUGCAAUCUGAAAACAGUGAAAGUGCUAGAUUUAGGAAGUAAUAAUUUGAAGGGAACAAUCCCACAAUGUUUGGGUGAGAUGAGUGAACUUGAGACUUUUGAUUUAAGGAACAAUAGUCUCAGUGGAACAAUUAAUACAACUUUUAGAUUUGGGAACCGACUCAUAGGUUUUAACUUGCGUAGGAAUAAGCUAGAGGGGGAAGUACCACGAUCUUUGAUCAACUGCAAACAUUUAGAAGUUGUUGAUUUAGGUAACAAUGAGUUGAAUGACACAUUUCCAAAAUGGUUAGGAACUCUACCGAAUUUGGAGAUUUUAAGCUUGAGAUCAAAUAAAUUCCACGGUCACAUCAAAUAUUCAAAGAACAAAAACUUGUUUGUACAACUUCGAAUUCUGGAUCUCUCAUCCAACGAGUUUAGUGGGAAUUUAUCAGCAUGUCUUUUUGAAAAUUUCCAUGCCAUGAAAAUAAUUGUUGAGAACACCCAAGGGUAUGCACAAGAACUAUAUUACUCUCUGACAAUUACGACAAAGGGAUUGGAUCUUAAUUUUGUUCGAGCUUUGAUGAGUCCAAACAUAGUUAUCAAUCUCUCGAGGAAUAGAUUUGAAGGUCAUAUUCCUAGGAUUAUUGGAGAUCUUGUUGGACUUCGUUCGUUGAACUUAUCUCACAAUGACUUGGAAGGUCAUAUACCAGCAUCACUACAACAACUAUCUGUACUUGAAUCACUGGAUCUCUCAUCCAACAAAAUUGGCGGAGAAAUUCCGCAACAGCUAGCAUCCCUCACAUCACUUGAAGUCUUAAAUCUCUCUCACAAUCAUCUUGUUGGAUGCAUUCCUAGAGGAAAACAAUUUAAUACAUUUGAUUACAGUUCAUAUCAAGGUAAUGUUGGAUUACGUGGAUUUCCACUUUCAAGGGAUUGUGGUGGUGAUGAUGGGGCAACACAAGUGACAACUCCAAUUGAGCUAGAUCAAGAAGAAGAAGGAGAUUCAGCUAUGAUAAGCUGGCAAGCGGUUCUUAUGGGUUAUGGUUGUGGUCUAAUUGUUGUACUGUCUAUAAUAUACAUAAUGCUGGCAACCCAAAAUCCAGCAUGGUUUUCGAGGAUGGUUGAAGAAUUGGAACACAGAAUUAUUACAAGAAUGCAAAAGCACAAGAAAAGAAAUUAGUAUGUAACCUCAGGUAUUCAC